UCAGAUGAAGAUAAAGCUUUACAAGAUGAGCUGAAUGUCUACAUUCAAGUACUCUCAGAAGACAAACAGGAAUUGUAUUUACCAACUUUAAAUCAGUUACGGGUAAAAAUCAGAGCUUCAACCACAUCUAUGACAUCAGUGCCCAAACCUCUCAAGUUUCUUCGUCCUCAUUAUCCAACAUUGAAGGCUCUGUAUGAAAAGUUUUCAGAGGGUGAAACAAAGAAAUUUUGUGCAGACAUUAUUUCCAUCCUAGCAAUGACGAUUAGUGAAGACAGAGAGUGUUUAAAGUAUCGUCUUUGUGGUUCUCAAGAAGAGAUUGGAUCUUGGGGUCAUGAAUACGUUAGGCAUCUUUCUGGCGAAAUUGCUCAAGAGUGGGCGACUGUUACAGAGGAUCGUGACUCUUAUAAAAAGCAGUUGAUGGACUUGGCUGAGCAAAUUGUACCUUAUCAUAUGGCUCAUAAUGCUGAAGCUGAAGCCUGCGAUUUGGUAAUGGAAAUAGAGCGACUUGAUAUGCUUGACCAAUAUGUAGAUGAAGAUGCCUUUCCACGGGUUGCUUUAUAUUUAACAAGUUGUGUUGCAUAUGUCUCGGAACCUGAAAAUACAAAUUUGUUGCUAUGUGCUCUGCAGCUGUUCAGAAAAUUCAAACGUUAUCCUGAAGCACUGAGGGUUGCAAUGCAGCUGAAUGACAUUUCCUUGAUUGAAGAAAUAUUUUUGUCAUGUAAGGAUAGUUCUAUUCAAAAGCAAAUGGCAUUUAUGUUGAAUCGUCAGCAAAUUUAUUUGGAACUUGAUGGAGAUGAUAAUUCUGAACUUACAGAUAUUAUGACUAACGCUCAUCUUAAUAAUCAUUUCUUAGCUCUUGGAAGAGAGCUUGAUAUUUUGGAGCCUAAAACACCAGAUGAUAUAUACAAGUCACAUUUAGAUAACACCAGACCAUCCUUUGGACCAAGUGGAAGUGUUGACUCAGCAAAGCAAAAUUUGGCGUCUAGUUUUGUCAAUGGCUUUGUGAAUGCUGCAUUUGGUCAAGAUAAACUUUUAAUGGAAGAUGGUCAAAAAUGGCUCUACAAAAACAGAGAGCAUGGAAUGCUGAGUGCAACUGCUUCGCUUGGAUUAAUUCUUCUCUGGGACAUAGAUGGCGGCUUAGGUCAAAUUGACAAAUAUCUUUAUUCUUCAGAAGAAUACAUAAAGGCUGGAGGACUUUUAGCCUGUGGAAUAGUGAAUUGUGGUGUUAGAAGUGACUGUGAUCCUGCAUUAGCCCUUCUUGGAGAUUAUGUGCAACAUAAUAGCAUGGUUAUGAGAACUGGUGCAGUUAUAGGGAUGGGAAUAGCAUACGCAGGAACAAAUAGAGACAAUGUGUUAUCUUUAUUAAUACCAGUCAUCAGCGAUCCCAAAUCUAAUAUGGAGGUAGUUGGUUUAUCUGCUCUAGCCUGUGGCAUGAUUGCUGUUGGAUCUUGCAAUGAGGCAGUCACAUCUGCUAUAAUUCAAGUGCUUCAUGAGAAGCUGCAUGCUGAGGCUGAUUUGAAAGACACAUUUGCACGCUUCUUGCCACUUGCUCUAGGCCUCUGUUAUUUAGGGAAACAAGAAGCUUCUGAUGCAAUAAUUGCUGCUUUAGAAGUGUUAAAUGAACCUUUCAAAAGCAUGGCAAAAACAAUGGUUGAUAUAUGUGCUUAUGCAGGAACUGGCAAUGUUUUAAAAGUUCAGAAUCUCUUACACAUAUGCAGUGAACAUUAUGAAACUACUGACAAGGAAGAAAAAAAAGAUGAUAAAAAGGAAAAAGAUAAAGAAGACAAAGAUAAGAAGGAAGACAAAUCAACUUCUGUAGAUUUAUCCUCUCAACAAGCUGUUGCUGUUUUGGGAAUUGCUCUAAUUGCAAUGGGAGAAGACAUUGGAUCUGAGAUGGCAUUUAGAACAUUUGGACACUUGUUGAGGUAUGGAGAGCCUGUGAUAAAAAGGUCUGUGCCUUUGGCAUUGGCUUUAAUAUCUGCUUCAAAUCCAAAGUUAAACAUACUUGAAACAUUGAGCAAGUUUUCUCAUGAUAGUGAUGCUGAAGUUGCAUACAAUGCAAUAUUUGCUCUUGGGCUUGUAGGUGCAGGUACCAACAAUGCCCGGUUAGCAGCAAUGCUUAGACAGUUGGCACAGUAUCAUGCAAAAGACCCCAAUAAUCUCUUUAUGGUACGAUUAGCUCAAGGUCUUGCUCAUCUUGGGAAAGGAACCUUAACCCUUUGCCCUUAUCAUCAUGAUAGACAGCUGUUGAGUCCAGUCUGUGUUGCAGGAUUGAUGGCCACAUUAGUAGCUUUUCUUGAUGUUAAAAACAUUAUACUUAAAAAUUCACACUAUGUACUGUACAACCUAGUGGCUGCCAUGCAGCCUAGAAUGUUAGUUACGUUCGAUGAAGAACUACAACCUCUACCAGUGCCUGUAAGAGUUGGUCAAGCUGUAGAUGUUGUUGGACAGGCAGGGAAACCAAAGACUAUUACAGGUUUUCAAACCCAUACUACACCUGUGUUAUUAGCUUAUGGCGAAAGGGCAGAACUUGCUACUGAAGAAUAUGUGCCUUUGACGCCCAUUCUGGAAGGUUUUGUAAUUUUACGGAAGAACCCAAAUUAUACUGCAAUGUGAAAUCUGUAAUUAAAAUCUUUUACGUGAAUAAAUGUUUUAUAGAAAUAAAAUUUUCAAUUAGC